AUGAAAGAAACGGCAGCAACAAAUGGCCCUGAAGGAACUGUUUCCAGCAAAACACAGGAGUCAUUAGUACUUCUCGAACGAGGCAUGGAACAGCUACGAGAUAACGUUAAGAAUGAAAACGAGGACUAUCUUGAUGACAUUAACCUGCGUACGCUGCUAACAACUCAGGUAAAGAAUUUUCAUGCAGUCUCCCACUUCAAAAACGAGAAUUUCACUGCUCUUCAGCAUGCUCAAGACUUUGGAACAAUUUCAAAGGAAUCUUUAAAGAGAACAACGAAGUGGGGUGCGAAGUACUUCACACUUGAGAAGUCUUAUUACCCAGUGCCUAAAUCCGGUGUGGAGCUACGGGACGUAGAAUUGAUGAAAGCCUCUCCAGCUGGUAACGUUGAUCCCAACAUUGAGGUAGCCAUGAAGAUUGGUUGACAGGUAUCGACCUGUCAGGCAAAGGACGGUAAGAAGCGAGUCAAUAAAAGACAAAGCGGGAACCCAGCCGCCAGCUGUAUAUUCCAGUUCGCCAUCGUGUACUAG